CGCGCUGUCACUGCCGCCGCACCGCUCGCCCCUCUCCCCCGGCCGCAGCGGUGACAGUCGCCUCAGCACCUCAGGGGCCGCCCGCUCGGGCGGCGUCUUCCUCCCCUUCCCUCUCCUCCCCUCCCCUCGCUGACCCAGCGCCCCGCGUCCUCCCUGUCACCCAUUUUGUGACUGUCCCUUCGCGGCGCUGCCGGCUGGAGCCGCCCCGGGGGAGACCGGUGGCGGUGAGGUAACGGAGGACUCCGCGGUCCCCGGCCAGCGGGGCGAGCUCGGGUUUGCAUCCCGCGGGGAAAUCGUUUGUUUCGCGCUGCUGGCUUGUUUCUGCGGAGAGGGACGGUGGCGUGCGUGUGGGAGCUCUGCGAGUAGACAGAUUUGUUUGUAAAUGCAUCAUAAACAGACAGCCCAGAAUGAAGAAAGCAAGCAGGAGUGUUGGCUCAGUGCCCAAAGUGCCUGGAGUAAAUAAAACUCAAACAACUGAAAAAGCCAAACCAGAAAACGGCUCCUCAGUGUCUGCAGUAACAAAACUCUCCAAAACUGGGACAUCAGCAUCUCUUCUGAAGACUAAGAGCAAUGAUGACCUCUUAGCGGGGAUGGCUGGUGGCGGUGGAGUGACAAUGACUAAUGGUGUCAAGGCAAAGAAGAGCACUUGCGUAUCAACAGCAUCUUCAGCUUCAGGGAUGACCAUGAACAGUCUGGAAAAUAAACCCAAAACUAUUGCAGGUACAAGUUCCACAACUAAGCGUAGCACUUCAUCUGGAAACAAAGAGUCAAGCUCUUCUAGAGAAAGGAUACGCGAUCGUUCUCGUUUAAGCCAGAGCAAAAAGCUGCCUUUGAGUGGACAGGGGACCAGUGAUACGGUACUGGCAAAACGCUCCCGUAGCCGCACCAAUCCAGAAUCGGAUAUUCGGAUGAGCAAGUCCAAAUCAGACAAUCAAAUCAGUGACAAAGCUGCCUUGGAAGCAAAGGUGAACGAUCUUUUGACAUUAGCAAAAACUAAAGAUGUGGAAAUCUUGCAUCUACGGAAUGAACUAAGGGAUAUGCGUGCUCAGCUGGGACUUAAUGAAGAUCAACUUGAAGGUGAUGAAAAAUCUGAAGAAAAAGAAGCCAUUGUUGUCCAUCAGCCAACUGAUGUAGAGUCUACCUUGCUACAGUUACAGGAACAAAACACUGCCAUCCGAGAAGAGCUCAACCAGCUGAAGAAUGAGAAUCGAAUGUUAAAAGACAGACUAAAUGCAUUAGGUUUUUCUUUGGAACAAAGGCUGGACAACUCUGAAAAACUCUUUGGCUAUCAGUCUUUGAGUCCAGAGAUUACAGCUGGCAACCACAGUGAUGGUGGUGGUACUCUGACAUCUUCAGUGGAAGGUUCUGCUCCUGGGUCAAUGGAAGACUUGUUAAGUCAGGAUGAAAACACCUUGAUGGACAAUCAACAUAGUAAUUCCAUGGAUAACUUAGACAGUGAGUGCAGUGAAGUUUAUCAGCCACUGACAUCAAGUGAUGAUGCCUUAGAUGCUCCAUCGUCUUCAGAAUCUGAAGGUGUACCAAGUAUAGAAAGAUCCAGGAAGGGAAGCAGUGGCAACGCGAGUGAAGUGUCCGUAGCUUGUCUGACAGAACGGAUACAUCAGAUGGAAGAGAAUCAACACAGUACAGCUGAAGAGCUCCAAGCCACACUUCAAGAGCUUGCAGAUUUGCAACAAAUAACACAAGAGUUAAACAGUGAGAAUGAAAGACUUGGAGAGGAAAAAGUAAUCCUUAUGGAAUCUUUGUGCCAGCAAAGCGACAAGUUAGAACACUUCAGCCGUCAGAUUGAGUAUUUUCGGUCCCUUUUAGAUGAACACCAUAUUUCAUAUGUAAUUGAUGAAGAUAUGAAAAGUGGUCGCUACAUGGAGUUAGAGCAACGUUACAUGGACCUUGCAGAGAACGCUCGUUUUGAGCGAGAGCAGCUGUUAGGUGUUCAGCAGCACUUGAGCAACACUUUGAAGAUGGCAGAACAAGACAACAAGGAGGCCCAGGAAAUGAUAGGGGCAUUAAAAGAACGAAAUCACCACAUGGAACGGAUUAUUGAGUCAGAGCAGAAAAGCAAAACAGCGAUAGCGUCUACCUUAGAGGAGUACAAAGCCACAGUAGCCAGUGACCAGAUUGAGAUGAAUAGGCUGAAAGCUCAGUUAGAGCAUGAAAAGCAGAAAGUGGCUGAGUUGUAUUCUAUACACAACUCUGGAGAUAAAUCAGAUAUACAAGACUUGCUGGAGAGUGUCAGGCGGGAUAAAGAAAAAGCAGAGACAUUGGCCAGUAGUCUGCAAGAAGAGCUGGCACACACUCGCAAUGAUGCCAAUCGAUUGCAAGAUGCCAUUGCAAAGGUUGAAGAUGAAUACAGAGUGUUCCAAGAAGAAGCCAAGAAACAAAUUGAGGAUCUCAAUGUGACUCUAGAAAAACUUCGGACAGAACUAGAUGAAAAAGAGACUGAGCGAAGCGACAUGAAAGAGACUAUCUUUGAGUUGGAGGAUGAAGUAGAGCAGCAUCGUGCUGUGAAGCUUCAUGACAAUCUCAUCAUAUCUGAUUUGGAGAAUACAGUUAAAAAACUUCAGGACCAAAAGCAUGACAUGGAAAGAGAGAUAAAGAAUCUUCAUAGGAGACUCCGGGAGGAGUCAGCAGAAUGGCGUCAGUUCCAGGCUGAUCUACAGACUGCAGUGGUUAUAGCAAAUGAUAUAAAGUCUGAGGCCCAAGAAGAGAUAGGAGACCUGAAGCGUAGAUUACAUGAAGCUCAGGAGAAAAACGAGAAGCUCACUAAAGAGUUGGAGGAAAUAAAGUCACGCAAGCAGGAAGAGGAACGUGGUCGAGUGUACAAUUACAUGAAUGCUGUAGAGAGAGAUUUGGCAGCUCUGAGACAAGGAAUGGGGCUGAGUCGCAGAUCAUCCACCUCCUCAGAGCCAACUCCUACUGUAAAAACACUCAUCAAGUCAUUUGACAGUGCCUCCCAAGUUCCAAGCCCUGCUGCUGCCACAAUUCCUCGCACUCCCCUGAGCCCAAGUCCCAUGAAAACUCCCCCAGCUGCUGCUGUAUCCCCUAUGCAGAGGCAUUCUAUAAGUGGACCAAUCUCGGCUUCAAAACCCCUUGCUACACUGACAGACAAAAGACCAAGCUAUGCUGAAAUCCCUGUUCAAGAACAUUUGUUGAGAACAUCUUCUACCAGCAGACCAGCAUCUUUGCCAAGAGUACCCGCUAUGGAAAGUGCCAAAUCUAUUUCUGUCUCUCGAAGAAGUAGUGAAGAAAUCAAACGGGAUAUCAAUGCACCUGAUGGAGCGUCUCCAGCAUCUCUCAUGGCAAUGGGUACCACCUCACCACAGCUGUCACUCUCAUCUUCUCCUACGGCAUCAGUCACCCCUACAACCAGAAGUCGAAUAAGGGAAGAGAGGAAAGAUCCCUUGUCUGCCCUAGCAAGAGAAUAUGGAGGAUCUAAGAGAAAUGCCUUGCUGAAGUGGUGCCAGAAGAAAACAGAAGGCUAUCAGAAUAUCGACAUAACAAACUUCAGCAGUAGCUGGAAUGAUGGUUUGGCUUUCUGUGCAGUCCUCCACACUUACCUCCCAGCCCAUAUUCCCUACCAAGAACUAAACAGCCAGGACAAGAGAAGAAAUUUCACUUUGGCUUUUCAAGCAGCUGAAAGUGUUGGCAUCAAGUCUACUCUGGACAUCAAUGAAAUGGUGCGAACUGAGCGUCCAGACUGGCAGAAUGUCAUGCUGUAUGUUACAGCAAUUUACAAAUACUUUGAAACCUGAAACACUAAUUAUUCAACAGAUCCAUGGCAUAGAACCAACAUGAGCUACCAGAUGGAAAUGUUACUGAAAUGCUAAUCCCCGUUUCACUGAAAACUGGCAACAUUUGAGUCCCCUCAAACUUCAGUGACACUACCCUGGAUUGCCUCAGAUUGCUUCAGCUACUAAGCCUGGAAACAACUGUUUCAAAGCAAGAACUCAUUGCCACAGUGCUUGGAGUAACCCAAGUUAUUAAGCUAUUCAGAUUAAUUAUGUAGCCUAAAGAGCCUGGACUACUUAUGUGCUGCCUUUCCAGCCAGACUCACUGAAGCUUUCUUUCCUAGGAGAGUGAGAUGAAUGGAUCCUCUAGCAUAUAGGAGACUGAAUGUACAGCUAAAGCUUUGAGAAGGAAAAGGAUAACAUGGCAUCGUAUUCCUGAACUUUCUGUAGCAUCCUGAUACCAUACCACAGAGUAUAUAUUCUACACACAGCAUAUGGCACCCCAAUACAGUAGAGUUCUUAAUGGCAAUUUAGUUACUGCCUUUACAGCUAUUUUCCCUCCUUUAAAAUAUGCACAAUAUUCUAGGAAAACAAGCUUUUAUUCCAUAACGACAAAUUGAGUGGAAAAGUGCUCUCGAUACCUCGAAAACUUUGGCACAGAAGAACUCUUCAUUCUAAAGCUUCAUUAUAAGCCUACCUCUGUCACAGUGAUGUGGCUUCCAACUUUAUCUUAUGGAUUGUAAAGACUAGCACAUACAGCUCCUGGUUUUCAGGGUACGCUAUACUUCAAGGAAUCUGUCCAAAUUCCCUGUGCUUCCAUUAUAACAGAAAUGAAUCAAUAAUCAACCCUUGUAUGGCUUGUUCUUUCUCCUCUUCCUCCUUUGCCUGUAUCGCACGCACAGCUACCCCAGGCUUUACUCUACAGCAAUACGAGCAUACGGCAUGGAUUUCUGUGGUAGAAUUUUGGAACUGGGAUAGCAUUUCCUCUGCAGAGAAGAUAUUUUCAAUAAGAUGUAACAAUGAAGUAGUUUGUCCCAAAAUCCAGCUUUGCCAUGUUUUCUGUGUGGUUUCCAUUGAUCUUGCACAUCCUCAUCUGACUGACAGAAGGUGAGACAUUCUCUGACAAGAACUCUGGAGGAACUGAUGUAAUGUGUAUACACCAGUAGUUUUGAAUAUUGCGUGGAAAUGACUCACUGUCACAAGGAAGGAACUGAGAAACUUUAGUCUGCUCAACUUCUAUUUUCCUAAAAUGUACCUGAAUUCAUGUAACAGCUCUUGGGCAAAAGAGUUCAAGUAAGUGCCUUAGCGAUCAUGGAGUUGAUACAUCCUGGCACUUCAGGGCCUCGUGGAGAAUGUUAAUGGCUCAGAACGAUUUAAUAUAUCCAUUUGUCAUAUGCUGUUUGUUGUAAUCUUGUUUGUGAAACCAAGGGAAGACUUGAUUCUAUCGUUGCUUCUGCCUCAUUUUUCCAAAUACUUAUCAGCAGUUAAGCCACAGUUGAGCAUCUCUCAUUAAUAUUAAGCAGAAGCCUACUUUAGAAGUGAGUUAACAACUGCUAUUUAUAAGCACAUGCUCUUUCAACACAGUAACCCUGUUAUAAAGAAAAUGAAUCUGCCAUUUCUAUGGUGCUCUUAUGACUGUUAAGGACAGUUUGAAUGUCAUAGAUGUUAACCCAGUGAAUGCAACUGUGCUUGGCAUCUGUGAAACUUCAUCGUGGUAUAAAAGCACAGAUUUAACACAAAAUCAUUGCCAAAUCCAAAAACCUAUCAUCUGAGGAACAUAGCCCAGUGAAGAGUAAUAAUUCAGCAUGUCUCUAGCAGCUAGUGGUAUCUAAAAAUAUAUGCUUACAGCGAUAGGUGCCUGUGAGAAUUUUGAAAAUUUGCAAAAUAACUGCUUACUCCAUGCUGAGGGCCUUUGGAGAAAUUUUCAGAGCAGCAGUCUCUCACACAUUCUUACACUUCUUUAGAGCCCUAAAAGUAGCCGGAUACUCUCAGAUUAUUGAUUGGUACAUUUGAAGAGCCAACGUAAUCUAAAGACAAUUGUUGCAAGAGAGGCUUCAAGUGAAAAAUCUUCAUUAACAGGUUUUAAUAAAAGUCUGAAAUACAAUUUCCUCUCACAUACAUUUCUUUAAAAAAAAUUUGUUUGCUUCAUUUCUUCAAAUAAGUUUCGGUAAGAAUAGUCAUAUUGGAAAUAGGCAUUAUUGCUGUCUCACAUUCCAUCUUUUACUACUAAAUUUCAGGUUUUGCCAAUUUAUGCUUAAAAAAACUUCUAUUCAUCCUCCCAACAGGCAUCCAUAGCUAUGAUUGUCUUAUUCAUUGCCUUAGAUUUUAAGAAAAUCUUUUUCUAAUAAAAAGGAUAGCAUCUCUUGGUCUAAAUUCACUCAUGACCUGUUUUGUUAAGGUAAUUUGAGUUUAGGCUGAUUUUGGGGUUUUUUUGUCCACUGUUCAACUUCAUUUACCUGGAAUGUUGUAUUAGUCUGAAAUAACACUAAUAAUAUAACCUUUUGUAAAAGGUGAAGUCACAUUUUCCAGAUACUUUCUGUUAAAAACAUGGGCUGCUAAUCUUCAGAGAGAGAGCGAGAGAAAAGUUAUUGGUAAUUAUAAAAAUGAUAUUGUUUUGAACUUCAGAGCUCUGCAAACCUCCUGGUGUGACUAGUCUGAUAAACCUCCGCUAUAUUCAUAUCUGUUAAGGGAAUAUUUGGCUCCACAAAGAGUUUUGUUUUUAUAAUGAUAUAUCUGAGCCUUUUCACAUAAGAUGCUGCACAGCUGUCCAAAGGGAAGGAAUGAAGCAAUGGAAGGUCUAAAAUAAACGUAAUGCCCUGCUGCACUCUACAAUGUGUUUUUUCUGAAGGUUCAAACAGCAUUAAAGUUUUCAAGAGGAACAAUAACUGUAGCCCUUCUGGAUGUGGAUGAUGCUGUUCUGUUCACUUCCUACUCAUAGUUAAUCCUGAAACAGCCUGGGCUUUUGUACAUAUGAAGUACGAGUUUAUGCUGAUUUACUUUCCUUUCUUUUUAAUCCAGAAAAUAUUUCUGAAUGUACUAAAAAAAAGGACAAAUAUUUUAUCAUCAAUUUGUAUUAUUGCAUUUUAAUAUGUGCCUUGCAAAUGCCUGCGCUGUAGUAUAUCAGGGUUACUCAUUGCCAGCUGUAGGGCUGGGGUGGGCAACAAAACGGAGCUGUCGAGCAUAUUGAUGCAGAUACAGGUAUGUCAUCUUCUGGAUCCUGCUUCCUGAAACACUUCCACGGAUUAGAGAGGUCACUUCAGAGCCAGACGUUUAUUCCGUUUGGCUAGUUGUCAGCCUGAUGCAAGAUCAUCAGCAGUGAACUGAAUGAACAGCUGUGGGGCUUUCUUUACCAAAAAAGAAGGGAUGGGAGGAAAAAUUUAAUUUUGGAAUUUUGGUUAUUCAGGAAAAUUCUGUCAGAGAAGUUUUGAUACGGAGUAUCUAAUAAUAACAGAAUGAGGUGACUUCAGGAUGGAUUACGCUUGAUUUGGUUUUCAGUUGGUUUUCUUUGAUCCAGUUUGAUUUGGUUGUCUUGUAUAUUUAAAUAGAAACACUAAUUUAGUAUCUCUGGUGUGAAUCUCAGUGGCCCUCACAAAGAUCUCUCAUUCUCAUGCCUCUGGAAAAUUGUGAGUGAAAUUUUCCCUUUUAAAUUUGUGUUUAUGGAUAGGUUAUCCAGAAUAUGGUAUUUAAUUACAGCAUAUUCUGAUGUAAAAGUAAAUUUUUAUCUCUUUUGCAUAAAAUAUAUUCCUCAAGUUACAUGUAGCAUUUCUGAUAAUUUUUUGUCUCCAGUUUUGUAGAAUAUUUCCACUCUUUCUGUUUUUCUGUACAGUCCAUCAUCAGGCUUUAGGGGACCCUUAAUUUGCCAAAGCUAAAUGAACUCUGCUUUGAUGUAUUGGUGUAAACGCAUAUUAAUAGCACUGGCAGCACUCCUGCUCUGGUUUUACGUGCAUUGGUUUUACGAGGAGAAAUAAAUUUACCCCUUGCUCUAACGAUGCAGUGCCGUGGUGUAAACUGCUGAGGAUCUGCCUUAAGAAUUUUGUACCUGUGACAAAAAAUUCUCAUUGGCAUCUAAUUUCUGUUAAUGAUCUCAAUGCUGAAUUCUUAUCCAUUUUUUCAAUUCCCUGUUUCAACACUUCAGACAUUUGGAUUCUGUUGCAUGUUUUGCAUCACGAAAAAAUCACGCUUUCACGCUUAUUCAAUUCUCUGUAUUUCUGUUCAGUUUUGGCACAGGGUAUAAAGUUUAUUAUAGCCUAGUUUUAAACAAGAUUAUUUGGGAAGUUGGAGAUACAGGAAACUUUUGGGCGUUUUGCUUACUUUCUGUGUUCUGCUUGUGACUGGUUUGGGAAAGCCCUCUGGUUUUCAGGUGAUAUGUGACAAUAUCUUCCAAAGCUGCCCCCUCUGGAUGACAGGCAUGAAGCUGUGCAUAGGCUAAAGUUAAGCCUUUAAAACUCCAUUCGUGUGGUGCAUAUGGUGACUUGACUUCUUAUUUGGCUCUUGCAACUAAUACAGGCACAGCUUAACUGCAGGCUGCAUCCAGCAGGAGCUAUUAAGAGGCAGAAUUCUUCUGGGAAGGUAUCCAGUUGUACACCUAUACAGUAUUUUUUGCCUAUUGUGAGUAAUAGUCUUUCUGAGGUGGCCUAAGAAAGAGGAUUUAAAAAUAGGUGUUCGUGUACAGACCAGUUUAACUAUAUAGUUUGUUUGUGGUCCUUCCCUUAACUCGGUAAAUAUUUAUUUCUGUUUUAUUUGUGUCUUCUGCCAAGCCCUAUUUCUGCAAUUCCUUUCUUUAGGGUAUGAAUGCUCAGUAACACUAACCAGUUUGAGAAAUAAUUUGGUGAACGGUGGUAACAAAGUGUAGUUGUCAUCCAUGGGCUCUGGCCACGCCGCCGUGCUUUCCCAAGGUAGUGGCUGUUGAUUAGCAAGACGUUUUGGAGCUGCUUGACUCUCCCACCACUUCCUUAUCUCCCAUAUCGCCUCCAGGUGCUCUUGCCCCCUAGUUAUCAACUCCUUAAAUGAGUUAAGGGAUCAUUGAUGUCUCUUAAUAUAUUUAAUUGUCUGUAUUUAGAAAGGUAUCUCUAAUAGUGUUUCUGCUUUCAAAGGAGAGUGGCUGGCUGGGUUUUAAAUUACUGACUGGCUUGCUGAGCGUUCCCAGUCCUUCAUCUUAAGUUUUUCCUGUUGUAUUGCCUGUGAUUUCAGUAUCAGUGUUGUAGUACACUUUGUAAUUGUCAAAGCCAAGAUGUUAAGCAUCUGGAAUACGUAGCAAGUAUGCUUUUGAUAAUUAUUGCUAAAUAACUUAAAAGCUCGGGGUUUGUACAGUUCCGAUUUUUGUUAGAGUUGACACGAGUGUCUUUUUUUCCUUUAUGUAUUUGCGCUUGCUAGUUUUGGGGACGCUACACCCUUGAACUCAGUUUGCCAAGGCCACUAUCCUAGCCUCCAUAAGUUAAUUCUUUCUGCGAUAAUAGGAUUAUUUCCUCAUAGUGCAACUUCCGUAAAACCUAUGAAUACCAGAUGACUUCCUUCCAGCUGACACCUUUCUCUUAUUUGGACUAUUCCGUACCCUUAGGCCACACUCUGCCACAGAGUUGCACAUAAACUUCCCAUCAGUUCCAGCAGGACUUGGGGAUGCAAAACUGUAGGGGAAACUUUGGCAGUUUAUUACAGCAGCCUGAUGCGAUUAAGCUGGCUUAAUUUUAAUCCCCUAUUUUCAGAGCCGGGGGGGGGGGGGGGGGGCGUGGUCAGUUUAGCCAAAAUCAUUUACUCAAAGCUGAAAUGUGGCACGUUUGUUCUCCACUGGGAAGUAUGCUUCUGUUUAAUAAUAUUUUUAUGAGAUUGUAUUUAUGGAAACUGAAAGAAAAAUGUCAUGAAGCUAGUUUUGUUGCACUUUUCUAAGGCUUUUGUAUUUUGCAUAGAGUUCUAGAAUAUGAACAAGUUGUUUGGGGAAGUCAAGGCUUUAAACUUAUCAUGCCCCAGCAUAGCAACGUGUUACGUGCAUUUUCAUUCUAGUGAUAUAUGUAUUAUUUUAAUGGCAUGUAGCUGGUGUAUUUACGUGGUAGUUAGGAAGCCCAGUGGACAUUUCCUGCUGCAGAGGAGCCGUUGGCGGUCCUGGUUCCACAGUUCAUGAACUGACCUGUUUUGACAGUAGACUGCAUUUGCAAUAAUGGAAUAGUCAGUUUUUGUUUCUGAACUUUAUUUCAACAAAUGGGGAGAAAGAGGCCCUUCUUUUUUUGUUCCAUUGUUGAAAUUUCUCUGGAGGUAUUUUACAGGUUACCCAUUAUUGCAUAUGUUCAAUUAGGAUAAUUACUUGGGAAUCAGUUCAGUCAAGAAGGCACAAGUGCACGUAACAUACUCAAGUAGUUAAUCCUUGUAACUUACAACAUUUCAGUUUGUUAGACACUUUUGGUUUUGCAUAUGUUAUAAGGUUAACUUUACUUUUUUUAAGUAGCACUUUUAUACAUAUCUGAAGGGUUUUUUUUGAACAGAAAUUUAUUUUUUUUCUGUAUGUUAUCUAACGGAAAGUAUAACACUACUACACAAAACAUAGACUAGUUAGCCUCCAGACUGUAAGUUCACUUUAGGUCAGUGAAGAUCAAGAGUUGUUCAAUGUGCAUGAAAUAAAUCGGUGAUCCCAUUUAAUACUGGACGACUCUCCAGAUCAAAGUCAGAAGGGCAUUAACUGGUACCCUCCAACUCUUGGAUGAGGGUACUUUCUGUUCAGGUGUGAGGCAGAAUUGACAGAACAGUGUGAUGAAUUUUGGACUUCAUGAAAGAACAGAAUUUUAUUGAUGUCUCAAUCUAACUUCACAGCACUGUAUUGGGUAAGGACUAACCUUGUUUGAGAUGACACUGUAGCCAGUACUAAUAUCUCCUAAACAGCUAAUUUAAAGCUUAUUUUCCAUGGCCUUUAAAGAUGGUAUAUAAACAGUGAUUCUUAAAAGCUCUUCACAUCCAUCCAGCUUUUCUGAUUUGUUAGUUCUGAUUUGUUCUGAUUAGUUUUAUACUCCCUUGAAACACAACUGUUAGCCUGACCUAACAGCACCUGUAUGGGUUUAGUAAUUGUUAUAGACAACAAGCACUUUUCUCUUUUCCAGAACCCUUUCAAAUGGUUUACACACACACAUUGACAUAUAUAGACAUUUUACAUAGAGAGGUUUUACAUAAAUAUAUGUAUGUACAUAUAUACACACAUAUAUACAUGUGUGUAUACAUAUAUGUACAUAUGCAAGUUCCUAGUAAAACUGAACAUGUUUCAAGAAGUGCUUGUGUCUCGAAUACUUGGGGUGGUGUAUUAGCGUAUACAUUUAAAAGGUAAGGAGGAAAAAACAUUUUGUUUGCUUCUGGUUAGAGCUGAGAAAUAUAGGUUUGGGGAAAACUUGGAAGUAUGUUCAAAUUGCAUUUCACCCUGUCUCUGGUUUGAAAGGCACAAGCUGUUAAUCGAUUAUUGGAACUUAAAAGGUCAGCAAGUGUAUUUUAAGCUAAACCUUUUGGAGGACCAAUAUGCUUUUAGUUUGCAAGGACCACUAAAGAUCUGGGCAUUUACUUUCUCCAUAAUGUAUUCUGUAUGAGUAUUUAGUAUGUAUGCCUUCAAUUUGCCAAUGUUGCCAUGUUUUCUUCUUAAUUAUUCAUGAAAUAAAGAUUGCAAAAAGCAGA